UGUAGCAAUGAGACAAGAUAGUAAUUACUAACAAUUGGAUACCACGAAAUUGGGGAGAAAAGGGGGUAAAAUGUAAGGAAAAAAAAGUGAAAUACUAUAGAUAUGUUUAUUAAAAAAUGUAACUCCAGAAUGCCUAGAAAGGUAGUUCUAACCUUAAAUAAGACUGGGCAAAGUGCCAAGAAUAGGAAAGCGAUCUAUUCCAUAGUACACUAGAACACAGCAAACAUAGUCGACAACAUAGCUAAAGAUCGCUGAGGGCAAUAAAGCAAAAUGGCUACUAGAUGACAGCAAAUGGACCUAUCAUGACCCUACAGGAAAGGAGAACCAAGAAAUGAAGAGCGACACCACGGCUGUCUUUUAGGCUUUUAUGUUGAUCUGCAAAAGUAUUGUGAAAAGACAGGGCAGGAACACAUCAGUCUCCAAUGCACCAUCUGACAAGUUGUUCUAUGCAGGAGCAUGAAGAAAGGUGCAGCCUUCAGUCUGCCUUCUAUAGGAUCUAUCAACUGGAACAUGGACCCUACAACACACACAAAGAGAAGCGACUCUCGUGUUCAUUCUGUGGAAAAGCUUUCAGUUGUCCCAAACACGUGGAGAUCAACCAGAGGAUGCACAUGGGGGAGAAACAGUUUGGCUGGCAUCUGUGCCAAGGCUAGUUUCUCCCACUCGUUAAAUCUGAAGAGACACCAGAGGGUUCACAAGGGAGAAAUCCUACAGCUGCCCCCAGUGUGAAAGGGUGUUCUUACACCUGCACCAGCUGAAGAUGCACCUGAAGGUCCACACGGGAUAGAGGCCAUUCACCUGCACGCACUGCAGGAAGAGGCAAGUCAGGCGGGAGUGUGUUGAAGGCGGGAGAGACUGGACCUCCGACGCGGCUGGUCACAAACACUGGCCCCGGAUCAGGACCCUGGAUCAGGAGCCGUCCCUUUUCGUUCCCGAGUCUGAACCAGGUCCCAACCGCGAGGGACAGAGACUUCACCACCACAGAGAACACAACCAGUGGACAGGUGGACUCAACAACCUCAGUCCUGGUGGUCAUCAGAGAGACAGAGGCUCCAAUCAGGUAUCCAGUCUGCAGCCCAGAACAUUCUCUUCACAGUCUCAGUGCAGUGAUGAAGCAGGACCUGAGGCUGAUAGAGAUAGACCCUCCUGUUCCUAUGAUGCAAACACCACAGUAUCCAUGAUGAACUGAGCAGGUCAUCUUUGGCUUUAGCCUUCACAGAGGGUGGUGGGAGUCUAACAGGAAGCCUUUCUUCUCCUUCAGGAUCUUGUCUAAUGUCUGGUGACUGGGUUCAAGUCUAGCCUUCCUCAGUUGCCUCAUGGUUACCCCACCAAUACAGACAGGGUCGGGUUGAGCACUCACCAGAAGAAGCACCUAGCCUACAACACAGCACACAAUCCCAACAACACCCAAGCAAUGGCUAGAUGUCAAGGAGGGAGCUCAAAGACUAACAACCUGAGGGUGGUGGCUCCUGCUUCUACCUCCUCUGGUGUCAUUGGGUCACAAUGUGGGAGGCUAAGCAUUAGGAUGGACACUGACAAGCCGUAUGCCUGCCUCACGUGUGGGAAGUGCUUUGCUAACGCAAACUACAGUAUGUGAAGGAGCACCAGACCGUUCCCACCAAGGAGAGGCCCUACAAGUGUAAACUAGACCUUCUCCUUCCUGACUAAUGUUAACAGACAUAGGAGUGUCCACAAUGGAGAUAAGCCACACCACUACAAUUUGAGUUUUACGCAGGGGAUAUCUGGGAACCAUUCUUUAGCUGAUAUUAUAGUUAUCAUGCGAAGUGUCUUGGGGUAUGACGGUAAUUAACCACACACCCCUUAAUAACUAGUUAUUUGAAACAGGCUUGUGUAAAUACCUGUUUUUAGAGCAACAGUAAACCUAGGCUAGAACAAGGACAGUUUAAUAUUUACCUAACUGAGGUGAUGUAGCUCGAAUAAAGUAAUUUAUUUUCUACACUAUUCUUGUUAACAGUAAUUUCUAAAGUCUGCGCUGAGCUUGAAAUAUAAUGAUCAUAGUACAUUUGAUUUGUAAUGUAAUAAGCAGUACCGUAAAAAAAUCAGCGCGCAUAACUUAAAAAUUCAACCACACCCUUUCAGCCACAAUGCCAGCCAAUAAGAUCCUUUCUCUUCAGUAUAAACGGAAGUGAACAGUGACCAAGAAUAAUUUCCACAUUAGCGUUUGUCGUUAUUUAGCCGUGCAUUAACACAUUGUAAUUUAAAAUAUGACACAUUUAACAGCAUAACAUACACCAGGUAGUGUUUAUUUCACGUUGGAGACCGGACUUAGUUGAUAAUUGUUAUCGGUAACUACUAACGUUAGCUAGCGAACAAUGGAUCAAUGUAUGGUUUUUCACACUCAAAUAGCCUCCAUCAUGGAGGUGCUAGCGAAUGCAGCCGUGGCAGAGAUCUGUAAACUCGUAGACGACGACUAUGCAGUGUUUCGUUUGGAAAUUACUCAAAGCCAGAAAGAAAACAGGGCAAUGCGGAGGAAACUACAGCUACUGGAACUGAAGGUAUCACGGGAGCGCGUCCUCGCCAGUCGUCCCAGAAGUGUCAAGAUCCUCGACCGAUACAGAGGAAUGGCAAGAGGUGAAGGACAUCUCACUGGAGGCCACAGGAGCUUUGUGAAGCCAGCGGGACACAAUACAUGGCGAGAUGACCAACCAAUCACUGUUGAUGAGGGGAGUGGAACCUCAACCCAGCAUGUUAUUGUGAUAGAGUCGGCACAUGCAGAGGCCUCAGGUCCUGGAAGAUUAUCUCUGGUCAAGCAGGAGAGGACUGAAGGAGAGGACCCACGAGACAGCAGACACAUCCAGACUGGAGAAGAGGCCGGAGUGGAACUCCCUUCGCCCCAGCCCAGGACCCGACGAAACAUCACUGAGGAGGAUGAAGGUCCAGAGGUGCAGCUGGUAAAGGAGGAGGGUUUGGGGAACCCUGAGGGGACCAUGGUCAUGGAGGACAACCAGACUACACCUCCUCCUGAACCCACAGAGGAACCAGCUGAGCAGCACAGGACCACACACAGUCUCACUGAGUCAGUAGACAUGGAGGAUGGGAAGCCUGAUCUGCUGAUAGUCAAAGAGGAGACAAUAGAAGAUGGACCCGAGAGCAUUGAUCUGCUGAGUGGACUAAAGAUGGGGGAGCAAGGUGAUUGGAUGGAGGCUAAAAGAGGAGACUGGACAGCCAUCUCUGAUUCCCAGACCGGUGCAGCCAAAGGCCCAGGGGACAACAUCACAGAGCAGGCCAGGACCAGAGGCGAGUCUGCGGUCCAUGAGGACAGGCUGAUGUCCGGUGUUGCUGACGGGAGAGACUGGACCUCUGACGCAGCUGGUCACAAACCCUGGCCCCAGAUCAGAACCCUGGAUCAGGAGCCGUUGCUCUUCUUUCCUGAGUCGGAACUAGGACUGAACCAUGAGGGACAGAGACUCCACCACCACACAGAACACAACCAGUGGACAGGUGGACUGAACAACCUCAGUCCUGGUGGUCACCCGAGAGACCGAGGCUCCAGUCAGGGAUCCAGUCUGCAGGCCAAACCCAUCUCUUCACAGUCUCAGUGCAGGGAUGAAGCAGGACCUGGGGCUGAUAGAGAUAGACCCUCCUGUUCCUAUGAUACAAACACCACAGUAUCCAUGAUGAACAGAGCAGGUCACCCUGGGCUUCAGCCUUCACAGAGAGUGGUAGGAGACCCUCCUGGCAGUAGUCUAUCAGCAAGUCUGUCUUCUCCUUCAGGAUCUUGUCUAAUGCCUGGUGAAUGGGUUCAGGGGAAGCCUGGGUCCAGCCUUCCUCAGCUACCUCAUGGUUACCCCACAAAUACAGACAGGGCCAGGAUGGGCGUUCACCACAAGAGGUACCUAGCCUAUAACACAGCACAUAAUCCCAACAACACCCAAACAAUGGGCAGAGGUCAAGGAGGGAGCUCAAAGACUAACCACCUAAGGGUGGUGGCUUCUGCUUCUACCUCCUCUGGUGUCAUUGGGUCACAACAUGGGAGGCCGAGCAUUAGAACGGACGCCGACAAGCCGUACGCCUGCCCCACGUGUGGGAAGCGCUUUGCUGAGGCGAGCUAUGUGAAGAAGCACCAGACCGUUCACACCAAGGAGAAGCCCUUCAAGUGCAAACUAUGUUACAAGAGCUUCUCAUUCCUGAGUAACCUUAUCAGACACAGGAGUGUCCACAAUGGGGAGAAAUUGUAGCAGUGUGGCUUGAGAUGCACACAGGGGAUAUCUGGGAACCAUUUUUUAGCUGACAUAUUAUAGUUAUCGUGUGAAGUGUCUUUGGGUAAGAGAGUAAUUAACCACAUAUCCCUCAUUAACCCUUUGUUAAUUUGUCAAUUGAAACAGGUUUGUGUAAAUCUGUUUUUAGAGAGACAGUAAACCUAGGCUAGAACAGGUUUUACCUUACUGAGGUGAUGUAGAUGGAAUACAUUUAUAAUUUUCUCUUCUACUCUAUUCUUGCUAACACACUGUUCUUUCUAAACGAGUCUGCGCUCAGCUCGAAAUAUGGCCACCAUAGGAGAUUUUAUGUGUAAUGUACACUGAACUAAAAUAUAAAUGCAACAUGUAAAGUGUUGGUCCCAUGUUUCAUGAGCUGAAAAAGAUCCCAGAAAUGUUCCAGAUGCGCAAAAAGUUUAUUUCUCUAAAAUGUUGUGGACAAAUUUGUUUACAUCCCUGUUAGUGAGCAUUUCUACUUUCCCAAGAUAAUCCAUCCACCUCUCCAGUGUGGCAUAUCAAGAAGCUGAUUAUCAUUAUUUUCUCUUCUGCUCUAUUCGUAUGAACACACUGUUCUUUCCUUACAAGUUAGUCACGAAACGUGGCCUUCAAAUUAUGCCAACACUGUGCACAUAUACAUUCAAUAAUGACAAACCGUCCCCUUACAAGUCAAGAUGUUUAAUAAACUUAAUUUGAACUUACUCUGCCGAUUGUCCGUGGUGUUCGUCCUUCUCUUGGUAGACAUGUUAGACAAAAUAUCAACAGGACAGUGUUAUUAACCUGACUUCAAAACGUGGAUCUCUGUGUGUGGCAAUCAAGAUUUUUUUGCCCGUGCACAAGACCGAAGUACAUGGAAAAGCAAAGUAUUCAUGAAUCUGAAGUCUGCAGGUGUUUUAAAUGAUUUUGUGCACGUGCCAGGUGAUAAUAAUUUAAAACGGCAGUAAUAGUGCUCUAAAAAGUCAGUUCCCUGUCGAUAAUUUGUCUCGAAUUUCGAGCAACUGAAGGACAAACCGCACAGAUCACCAGUGUAGAGUAAGUUCACAUGUAAUUUGACUCAAUAUUCUUGCUUGUAAGGAACAUUUGCACAAUGUUACAUUAGUUUCAGGCUGUAUAUACAAAUUAGAUGUAUUGCAGUUUGAUUAAUCAGACAAUUAACAAGUCUGCUCUCAGCUUGAAAGAUACUGAUCAUAGGAGAUUUGAUGUGUAAUGUAAUAAGCAGUGCAGUGUUUCAAAGAACAGCUACACACCCUUUGAGCUAUGACUUCAACCAAUAAGAUCCUGUCUUUUUAUUGUAAACGGAAGUAAACAUGACCAAGAACAAUUUUCAUGUUAGUGUUUUUAUUGUUUGUAUUUAGAUUACUGUCCCGGCAGCAACAUUAAGACUUCUGUUUGGGGUUUUUUUCAGAUUUUUGCCUUCAAAAUAUACAUCUACAGUAAAAUGCAAUGUGCAUGAUACAAAAUCAAUAAUUUUUGCAGCUUUGCAUAAUGUAAAAAUUAUGUAAAUAAAGUAUAACUACACAGUGUUGACCUGUCAUUCAGGGCAGGUGAGGCAGAGCUGUUUUGAGCCCCACCUCAUUACUGUAUUUUUUGGGGGGGUUGUUUUGCAUGUAAUUCUGGGAUUCAUUCAUAUCACAGCAUACAAACAAACUCGGUCUCUUUCUUGAAUAAGGCAGCUCCAAAAGGUGCCUGUCCAACA